ACAUGCCCAUCCCUAGCCGGUCAGCUGGCCAAAUAGACGUUGGUUAAGCAAUAACAAACAGAGAUUAUACGAAAUGCUUCUGAAACAACGGAUAAAAUUAUGCCAAAGGAUCCUGGAGCACAGACGCUGCCUGGGAACGACUCCUCCAACGAAUCAGUCCUUCAGAAAAUGGUACCAGAAACUGUGGACAACGGAGCGCACUAACCUGCCGCCUUAUAACCACUUCACUCAAAUUGGAGACCCGGUACUGAGGCAACAGGCGGCUUUAGUGCCCAAGGAACACAUUGAUAGCCCCGAGAUCAAGGCCAUUGUGGAGCAAAUGGUCAAGGUGCUGAGAAAAUUUGACUGUGUGGGCAUUGCGGCGCCCCAGAUUGGAGUUUCCCUCAGGAUCAUAGCCAUGGAGUUUAAAGGACGAAUCCGAAAAGAGUUGCCCGAGGUGGUUUACCAAGCACGACAAAUGUCCGAGUUGCCACUGACUAUUUUUAUCAAUCCUGUAAUGUCGGUAACGAACUACUCCAAACUAAAACAUCCUGAGGGCUGCAUGAGUGUGCGGGGAUACUCGGCCGAAGUAGAACGGUUUGAAGGUGUAAAGUUGACAGGCUUAAACCAACUGGGAACACAAAACGAAAUAACAUUGAGCGGGUGGAAUGCCAGGAUAGCACAGCACGAAAUGGAUCACUUGGAUGGAAAGCUUUACACCGACCACAUGGAUCGCUCCACUUUCUCGUGUACCUGCUGGGAGGCGGUCAACACGAAAUCCGGACGCGUUGAGAUACCUUUCUAUAAAUAGUUAAGUCGCAGGCUGAUCUUUUUGUAUGUAUGUAUAUAGUGAUUGAAUUGAAGUUUAUGUAUCACUGGCAA